GGUUGUUACAUAAGCAAUGUCCACACCUGCUGGACCCACCCCAAAUGCACGCCCCUCCUGGGCAUUAGAUGCAGAGAAUCUUGAUGCCGCCAUGUCUGAAGUUCCACUUUUUAUGAAGGAAUUACCUACAGAAGAGAACGAUACAUUAGCGGCGCUUCAAUCGUUAGUAUACGACGGCACACCAGAAGAAAUUGCCGAAAAUUUCAAAAACCAAGGCAAUGAAGCUUACGGUAGAGGAAGAGCUGGCUUCGCAGAUGCCAUCAAGUUCUAUACACAAGCUCUCGACGUAGAGUGCCAGGAUCAGAAACUUAAUGAGGCUUGUUACGCUAACCGAGCAGCUGUGAACUUAGAGCUUCAAAAUUAUGGCAAGGCACUUUAUAGAUCCGCAAAAGCAUUGUUUGCCUUGGACAGAUUGGACGAAGCUCUCGACUGUUGUGAUCAUGCAUUAGCAGUGGAUCCAGAGAACAGAGCUGUUAUACAGGAGAGAGAGCGCUGCCAGAAAAGAAUUGAUCUGAUUGCGGAAAAGAAGAGGAAGGAGGAGGAAAAGAAGAGAAAAGAGAAGGAAAAGAAGGAAAAGAUUGAUAAGAUGGUCAAGGAGAGAAAAAUCAAGUUUGAAGUAACAGAUGAGACUGUUGCAAAGACAGCGCAGAUACAGCUCGACGAAGAAACGAACACGCUAUCAUGGCCCGUAUUCUUCUUGUAUCCAGAACACAAGGAAAGCGAUUAUAUCCAAGCUUUCAAUGAAACGAAUACCUUUCAAGAUCACCUCGAAGUGAUGUUCGAACAGCCAGCCCCUUGGGACGCAAAACAGGAGUAUACGAUGGAUAAUAUUGAGAUUUACUUUGAAAAUACCACCGGACUUCGACCAACAUUAGUGAAGAUUGGCAAAAAGUUACAAUUGGGAAAGAUCCUCAGCUUGGACAAAUACACAAUCAUAAACGGUGUUGCAAGCUUUAUCAUUUUGAGCAAAACCAGCCCCUUCAAGGAAGAAUUCUUGGGACGAUACAAAAAAUAGAUACUUGUCACAAAAAAAAAAAAUCUCAUAGACAUCCACCACUGUACGAAUACAUUUUCAACAUGAUCAUUCAAAAUACACCAAUUACACAUAGCCAAAUGUUGUGGGCAUGAAGUAAGGGGAUA